ACCUCGUACAAUACGAAGACAGCAGUUUAGAUUAAACGGAGCCAUGUUUACGGCACGCCGCCAAUAUAUAUAUCGCCGUGAAAUCCGUGGCUGCACAUCAAUUCCGUGGAGUCCCUGAUCGCGAGCACAUAACCUCUCUAUUGGGUCGACGUUCUCAGCUCUACCAUAGGCAACAUCAUGCAGAAAAACAUAUUCAACCACACUCUGGAGAGCAUGCUGGAGAAGCAUCUGCCCGAGAAGGAACUGGCCGAAGUGAAACGCCUUUUAUAUGGUCGUGAAUUACACUCUUUGGAUCUGCCCCAGUGGGUCGGGGACAAUGAACUCGACGUGAAAGGGUUCAUCCUCAGCGGAGAGGUGCAGGAACAACUGCGCCCUCCCAGGACCGUUCGAGUUGGAGUGAUUCAACACUCAAUCGUGGUGCCGACCACCGAACCGUUGCAGAAACAAAGAAGCUCGCUUCAUCAGAAAAUCCAAAAAUACGUCGACCAUGCGGCUGCCUGCGGCGUUAACGUGCUCUGUCUCCAGGAAGCCUGGGCUAUGCCAUUCGCCUUCUGCACAAGGGAAAAGUAUCCAUGGUGCGAGUUCGCCGAGGAGGUUGAAACCGGGCCGACAACGGUCCUGAUGGCCGAGUUGGCUCAACGUCACGGAAUGGUGAUUAUCUCGCCUAUUCUUGAGAGGGACGUCGAGAACAGCGAUACAUUGUGGAACACGUCGGUGGUGAUCGGCACGGACGGAAAAGUGAUUGGAAAGCACAGGAAAAACCACAUUCCGCGAGUGGGCGACUUCAACGAGUCCACUUACUACAUGGAGGGGAACACAGGACACCCUGUCUUCGAGACUUCCUUCGGACGUAUCGCUAUUAACGUUUGCUACGGACGUCAUCAUCCCCAGAACUGGAUGAUGUUCGGUCUGAAUGGUGCUGAGAUUGUUUUCAACCCGUCAGCAACUACCAGCCAUACGUCUGAACCACUGUGGCCGAUCGAGGCUAGAUGCGCCGCUGUUGCAAACAGCUACUUUACCUGCGCCAUCAAUCGUGUGGGCACAGAGAUGUUCCCCAACGAAUUCACAUCCGGCGAUGGUGCACCAGCGCAUCAUGACUUCGGACACUUCUACGGAUCCAGCUACAUCACAGCUCCAGACGGAACUAGAACUCCUGGGCUGAGCCGCGACAAAGACGGACUGCUUGUCUGCGACAUGGAUCUGAACAUGUGUCGUCAAAUGAAGGACAUCUGGUGCUUGAGGAUGACUCAGAGACUGGACAUGUACGCCAAAGAGCUUUCCGAGUUCGUGGAGAAGAAUCUGCACUUGAGGGAGCCAAUGAAUUAAUUUUGGUGGUUCUGAACACUAAAAUCUCGCGUACUAUGGAGAAAAAAAAGAGUAUCGCUCCCCGAAUGAUGUUUUCUUCGCUGGUUUUUUUUUGUAUGAGGUGGAAAAAUAUAUACACAUAUCUUUUGUAACGCAACGCACCGGAGUUAAUCAAGGAUUUACAAUAUUUUAUCGUUUAUUAUA